CAGGUGAUUCACAACUGACAAUUGACUUCAUUUGUCAUGUAGUUCAAAACUUGAAAAGUCAAAAUUAGGACUUUUAAAAAUAAAUAUUUAAAAUGCCUAUUUUACCAAAAACAAUAUUUACUCAAGCGCUCUUACGUUCGUCUUAUUUAUUAGGCCAAUCAAUUAGACAUUUUUCAGCGAAUAAGCCUAAAAAAUUAACGUUUCGAAUUGGGUUAGCAGGUUUAACAGUUGGAGCUUUAGUAGGUACCGGCUAUUCAAUUCACUAUUUAAAUCAACCACGAGCCCAUAUUUUGAAUGAAACAACUACUAUAUCCGUUUUAGACGAUAUUCCCUACACAAAACCAACCAAAAUUGUAAAGUGUUUAGAAGAUAAUACAGGAUUACAAUUAACAUUAUAUCAAUACCAGACUUGUCCAUUUUGUUGCAAAGUAAGAGCUUUUUUGGAUUAUUAUGGUAUAUCAUAUAACAUUGUAGAAGUCGAUCCAGUAUUGAGGCAAGCAAUCAAAUGGUCACCUUAUAGAAAGGUACCAAUUUUAGUUGUUAAAACGGAAACCGGUUAUCAGCCUCUAAAUGAUAGCACAAUGAUAGUGUCUGCAUUGGCUUCUUAUUUAUUUGAUAAACAGAACAAUAUAUCCGAGAUUGUUAAAUGUUUUCCAACAAUUAGUUUUCUAGAUGAAAAUGGCUCAAAAAAGAAUGAAAUAAUGAAUAAAUAUUUUCUAAUGUUGACUAAUAGAAAACAGCAAAAUAAGACUGAAGAAGAGGAAGAAAGCGAAGAGAGAAAAUGGAGGAAAUGGGCAGACACUGUGCUGGUCCACACGCUUUCGCCGAACGUAUACCGAACCCGAGCUGAAGCCAUGCAAGCCUUUUCUUGGUUCUCUGACGUGGGCGAAUGGGAAACCAAUUUCCCAAGUUGGGAACGUUACCUGAUGAUCUACGUCGGAGCGGGGGCUAUGUGGCUGAUUGGGAAGCGACUGAAAAAGCGGCAUAACCUCAAAGACGAUGUAAGACAGUCGCUUUAUGAUGAAUGCAAUAAUUGGGUGAGGGCAGUUAAAUUGAAAGGAGGUCCGUUUAUGGGUGGCAGUGAUCCUAAUCUCGCCGAUUUGGCAGUAUAUGGAGUUUUAAGCAGUAUAGAAGGAUGUGAUGCAUUUAAGGAUAUAUUAAAGAACACUAAAAUUAGUCAGUGGUUUUAUAAAACGAAAGAAGCUGUGUUGCAACAUCGAGGCGUAAAGUUUAUCUAGAAACUUAUUUAUUAUUUUUAAGUACGUUUUUGUUGUCUAACGGACCCUUAGUAAUCGUUUGCUAUAUUCUAGCCGUUCUAAGUGUACCACUUUGGAUUAAAAUUUCAGCGGUAUCCAAACAGUACUAUUUACUGUUGUUUUUACUAUGGAUUGUUUAAUUAUUGAAAUGUCAGCAGCACUAUCAAUAAGGUAUUUUUAAAGACUGAGCUUAUUCACAGCAUAAAAACUAUGUACUUCAUGUAUUUUUAAUUAGGUACACCUAUUCAAAGGGUUAACUGAUUAUUGAACCAACUGUAUCCUCUAUAAAAAAUAUCAUAAUGGUAACCUCAAUAGGUCGCAUAUCAGAAAAAGGAUUGAGAUUAUUUAAUAAGUAUUUUAAAGGGUCGCUGAGCAAGUGUCUGUAGUAAAAUAAUUUAUGGAUGUACCAAUCCAAAAUUAGUCAACUUAGGACGUCUCUACUAUAGUAAGAUUUUGUACUUAAAUGCUGGAUGUUUGAUAAUAGAACUUCUUGCAUAAUUGAGGGUUUGUUAGACUCUCUAACAAUAUGAGAAUGUUAUUAUUAAAACAAAUAUUUGUGUGCACUCGUUUAUUUUAGAAUUAUACAAUUUUUUUUAUUGUAUUUCGAUUUUAUGACACAUGGACGCAAUAUAAUUGGCUUAAAAAUAAGA